AACAGUUUGUGUUCAACUGUCGUUUAGUUCAGUUUCGUAUUGAGCAUCGUCGUUGAAGUUGGCGCGCAGGCGUUAAAUAAAUAAAACAGAAAAGUAAAAGUUGAAUAGCAAGAGGGUUUAAAGUGGUGCGAAAAAUUAUUUAAGGUGAGGCGCAUUUAUAAUCAGUGCAGUUGAACAAAGAAAUCAGUGAAUUGCCAAAAAAAUGCACUCUCAUUACGCCUUAAUAGUCACAGUGGCCUUGUGUGCGGUCAGCGCCCUGGCACAGAAAAGUUCCACAAUGGAAGCGAUUGCCUACUUGGCGGGUACCUCCACGGUGAAGGGUAAUGUCACUUUCAUUCAAAAUGGCUGCUCCGAAAAUGUUCACGUGCGGGUCUAUUUGGAGGGACUGACUCCCGGUAAACACGGUUUCCAUGUGCACGAGAAGGGCGACUUGACGGGCGGCUGUCUCAGUACUGGCGCACAUUUUAAUCCCGAUAAGAUGGAUCACGGUGCGCCUGGCGAUGAAGUGCGUCACGUUGGCGAUCUCGGCAAUAUAGAGGCCGAUGCGAAUGGCAUUGUCGAUACAACUUUCACCGACCACUUAAUCAGUUUAACUGGCAAACGUACAAUCGUCGGACGCGGUUUAGUCGUGCACGAAUUAACCGACGAUUUGGGCAAGGGUAACCAUUCCGAUUCGAAGAAGACUGGAAAUGCCGGUGGACGUCUGGCUUGCGGUGUCAUCGGUGUUAACGACAUCGGUGAUGAAUGGCCCUGUUCGAGCGCUACAGGAAAAGUGGUUUCAAUAUUUGCCUUCGUCCUAACGGUAUUAACCAGUCGCGUGCUCUCUUAGGUGAUUGCAACUCAAACGAAGUAUAAGAGAAUGGAAGCAGGAUGUCAGCUUCUUAUAGAUCGCAAUUUUAGAAAUAAUUCAUGAAGUUAACAACAGAAAUAAUUUAUGAAACACAAAAGUAUUGAAUUAAUUUAUUU